UCUUCCAACUUGAACACGAGAAGGAGGAGGAACCGGCCGGAGAUGGCGGGGACGGCGCUAAGCAUGGCGAGGUCGAUGCUGGGGGCCGCCAUCAGCGUCGCCGCCUCUGCUGCUGCCAACGAGAUGAGCUUGCUCAUGGGCGUCAGGAAGGAUAUCUGGUUUAUCAAAGACGAGCUAGAGACGAUGCAAACAUUCCUGCUGGUCGCUGAAGGAAUUAAGGAGAAAGACAUGCUACUGAAGGUGUGGGCGAAGCAAGUAAGGGAUACGUCCUACAAUAUUGAAGAUUGUCUUGGUGAAUUCAUGGUGCAUGUGGCAAGUCAAAGCUUGUCGCAAGAACUAAUGAAGCUCAAAGAUCGCCAUCGAAUCGCCAUACAAAUCCGUGAUCUCAAAUCAAGAAUAGAAGAUGUGAGCAGCAGGAACACACGCUACAAUCUGAUUGAGAAGAACCAAAUUACUAGAGCCAUUGAUGAGAGGGAUUCUUGCAUGGAAGAUAUCCGCAACCACUCAGCUAGCAACAUAGAUGAAACCGAACUUGUGGGAUUUUCCAAGCCCAAAGAAGAGGUAAUAAAGCUUAUAGAUGUCCAUGCCAGAAAUGUUCUUGCUCAAGUAGUAUGUGUGGUUGGCAUGGGCGGUUUGGGUAAGACCACUCUUACAAAUAAGGUUUAUGAAAGUAUGGAUACCUUUUCAUGUCGUGCUUGGAUCACUGUUUCACAAUCAUUUGUCAGGAUGGAGCUUCUCAAAGUUAUGAUCACACAACUUUUUGGCAAGGAAGCAUUGAAGAAGAAACUUGAAGAGAAAGAAGUGCGAGUAGAGAACCUCGCCUGCUAUCUCAGGGAAGGGCUACUUGAGAAGAGGUACUUAAUUGUUCUUGAUGAUUUAUGGAACAUAGAUGAUUGGAAGUGGAUCAAAAGUAUUGCUCUUCCUACCAAUAAUAGCAAAGGUAGCUGGAUAAUCGUAACAACACGAGAUGUUGGCUUAGCUAAGGAAUGUAAUUUGGAAUCUUCGAGAUCGGUUAUCUACCACCAUGAACCCCUACAAAGAGAAGAUGCCAUAAAAUUGCUACUUAUAAAGGCUAGGAAAAGUGAGGAAGACAUGAAAAAUGACGAGAACAUGAGGGAAAUAGUUACUAAGAUAGUAAAGAAGUCUGGACGGUUACCACUAGCCAUACUCACGAUAGGAGGCAUGCUAGCCACCAAAAUGGUAACUGAGUGGCAAAAUAUUUAUAACCAGCUCCCCUCAGAGAUAGAGACCAAUCAAAGUCUUGAAGCAAUUAGGAGGAUUGUUACUCUAAGUUACAACCACUUGCCAUCUCAUCUUAAGUCAUGUUUCUUGUAUUUAAGCAUAUUUCCUGAGGAUUUUGAAAUCAAGAGGAGGCGUCUAGUGGAAAGAUGGAUAGCCGAGGGGUUUGUUAUCACCAAAAGUGGGAUAACUGCUGAGGAUCUUGGGAAUAGUUACUUUAAUGAACUAAUCAAUCGUAGCAUGAUUCAGCCAUCAAGAGUGAACCUAGAAGGGAUAGUGAAGAGCUGCCGAGUUCAUGAUAUUGUCCGUGAUGUCAUGAUCUCAUUUUCUAGAGAUGAAAAUUUUUCAUGCUCAACAUGGGCUAAUGUAACCGGCAUAGGAGGAGACAACUUCCGCCAUGUCGCAUACCAGGGCAGUUGGUGCCCAAAUAAAGGCUUGGACUGGAAUCAUGUCCGAUCAUUAACUGUGUUUGGUAAGAGACCCAUGAAGCCGGCACCUUCACUUUGUUCGGCCAACUUCAGAAUGCUUAGAGUAUUUGAUCUAUGUGAUGCACAAUUUGAUAUCACACAAAAAGAUAUCAGCAAUAUAGGGUUACUACGUCAUUUGAAAUAUGUUAAUCUCAAGCUUCAUGGAGGCUCAUCGGUCUACGAGCUUCCAAGAUCCAUAGGGAAACUACAAGGCUUGCAGACUUUGGACAUGACACAUGGUAACAUAACAUCACUACCAACUGAGAUUACUAAACUACAAAGCCUUCGUAGCCUCCGAUGCAGCAACCAGGUUAUCGAUAUACCUUUAUACUUAGUUUACCCAGUGACCUGGUUCUUGUCCACAUUCUGUAUGCCUUUUAUGUUCACUCCUUUAGUUAGUCCGGAUAUGCGUCCAGAAAUUAUGAUGCUCAUUCACAUGGCCUGGACUGGUCGUUUGACCAACUCUAAAGGUGUGAGGGUGCCCAAAGGGAUCAGCAACCUAAAGGAGUUAGAGAUACUAGAGAUUGUGAAUAUUGAACGGACAAGUAGGAAAGCAAUUAAGGAGCUCGGGGAGCUUAUAAAGCUCAGAAAGUUAAGUGUCACAGUAGGGGCAAGCAAGAAAAAGAGCAAGAUACUCUGUGCAUCCCUUGAGAAGCUCACUUCCCUCACGUGUCUUUGUAUUCGUGUGGACGCUGCUUCUCCGAGAAGCGGUGAAUCGCUUAAGUGGUUGCAGUCUAUUUCCUCACCUCCCCCUCUCAUGCGGAAGCUGAAUUUGGUUGGAGACGUUGGGGAGAUGCCUGAGUGGUUUGGAGAUCUGGUAAAUUUGGUGAAGAUUCAGUUAAAGUUGAGCAAUCUGAAGGAUGGAGAUAAAAGCAUGAAACUACUAGGUGCACUGCCUAAGCUCAUGCUUCUUCGUCUUCGUCGGCAUUCUUAUGUUGGGGAGAAACUGGUUUUCGGAGCAGAAACAUUCCAAAGUCUCAGGAGACUUGAUUUUUUGGGCCUGGAGCAACUGACAGAGUUGGUAUUCGAGAUGGGCACCUUGCCCCAGUUGGAAAAGAUAGAAAUCAGAUGGUGCAGAUUGGAAUCAGGGAUUAUUGGUAUCAAACUCCUUCCAAUACUCAAGGAGAUUUCACUUGGUUACAAUGGUAAAGUAGCGAGGCUUGGUGCACUGCAACGUGAAGUGGACGCACACCCCAACCAUCCCGUGCUGCGACUGAAGGAGUACCGGGGCCACCACGACCUGGGUGACGUUGCCUCCACUACAGCAGUACAAGUGCAAGAAGCGACGGAGGAGGAUGACUCAUCACUCCAUAACGACCCUUCAGUAGCAGCACGGGAUAAAUGUGACAGCCAUGAUGAUCUGCUGCACACGUACAAUUCUUGCUGAUGGUGCUCCCCGCAUUCUAAUUGGUGAUGCCUAUCCUGGAGCCGACAUCGCAGAGUCUCCUUGCUGGCUUCCCCCCACCAUGCUGAACAAAUGAACAAUAGACUUCCUGACCACCACGGGCAAAGCUAGAGCAACUCAUGAUGCAGCCUGACUUAUGGUACACUGUUGAUUGGUUCGAAAUUUGCUAGAGCUUACUAGAGCCAACCGGAGAAAGGUAUCUUGAUAUCUAUGGGGCCGAGACAUGAUAUUUGAGCAGGGUAACCCUGCAGCUGAAGCGAACAAACAUCCUAGUGUUGGGAGCAAGACCGACUGAGUGAUCAGAAGUGUAGUUUGGAAACGCCGGGAUCCCAUUCGCAUGCGCAUCUGAAGUUUUGAACUGUGAAGUGGUCAUACUGAUAACUGUUCUUCCAUACUUACAAUGGGAGAAAGAGAGAGCUCCUCCUCGCUAGUGGUGGAUGUGCAAAUGUGGAGUGAGAGCGACAGUGGCAAUGCAAUCUUUCAAGCUUCAGCAAGCAGAAGUGGAGCAAGUGUUGUCUAGAGGGGACAAGAGGAGGAGCGGCGUGAUAUCUGACAUGUCGACAACGGCGGGUCUCAGUUGCAUGGAGUAGAAGGGUCUCGCCGGUGGGCGUGCGAUGAUGGACGAGCACAGGAUGGUGGCGUUGUCUGGCGUCGUGGUGGCGUCGACGACGGCCAGACCGGGCAAGGUACAUGCAACAGUACAACACUAAAUAUGGAUUGGUGGCAAGUGGCUGCGGCGGCCUCAUACCUGGCAGGCGUCCUAAUUGAGGAGUGCGCCGGACUGCUGGGUGCCCUAUACCCGGCAGGCGUCCUGGUUGGGAGCUCAGGUCUCAGAUCUUAUGUUUGGCUACAAGAUGCAAAGGCCGGGAGUCCUUCUCCAUUUCUAAAAAAAAGAGCAAGCAGAAGUGGAGCUGGUGUUGCAAAUUAUCUGCAACUUUAAUGUUGAGCUCACACAUAGGCGAUGGACCAAGCUCAGACCGAGUUCCCAAGCGGGUGUUGUAUCAGCUUUUCACCAUGGGGUUGAUGAACGUGAAGUCAAAUCAUUCCUACUUUCAUGAACUUUAAUAGCUUCUAACCCCAGGAAUCCUGUACUCUGUUCAUGUCGAGAGAAGUACAGCAUGACCAACCUUCUACUGAGUAUAUUCUCUGUUUGUUUC